AAAAACAAAAACAAUCUCACUGUGCUAGCAGCCAUCUUGCGUACUCUUGUUCAAGAAGAGAGGGAAUGUGAUUACCGAUCGGAACCGCAGAAGUAAACCUCAGAGCUUUACAAGGAUACGCGAUUCUACAACCAACACUAAAUUCGUUACUUGCAAAACAACUUGAUACAUUUUUGUUGCGGAUAUAUAUUAGGUGUAAAACAGUGAGGAGGCAGGCUGAACGCUAACGUUGGCGCUAGCAAAACUAGCUAAGGUCGGGUCUUCGCGGUGGUUGUCAUCACCCGCCACAGCGGUGCCGCUCGAGACCAAUCUCACGGAGCGUUUUUCAACAUGACAUGAAGUGGGGACUGUGUGAGUUAUUACUGGAGCGGCACACAGCAGCCUUGGUCGCCGUUUGGGUCGUUUAGAGACCCCCGACAGACACAAUGUUUUAAUAACAGACUGUUCUUCAGUGGCAUUGGCCUGCUGUCAACUUUCCCGUGGAUUGCUCGUGCGUGAUUUGGAAGAAGACCGAUGUUUUUCAAAUGGGAAAAACAUCGCAGCCUCGGCCGAAGUUGACUUUAAACUAGAAAAUGCGUGCGUUUAUCUCAGUUCCUGGCAUGUUAAUAGUCUUUUUAAAUAAUAGUACAUCUAUGCAAUUCCAUAUACAAUGUGGAUUAUAUCUGUGCCUUUAAAGGCUAUUCGGAAAAGGGCUGUCCCCUCCGUUCGUUGCUGACCUCGAUUGUCAUAUGAAACAAAUUGCAUAGCGGGCAAGGACACGGUGCCUACUUUAUUGAUUGUCGGUAUUUUCUGCCUUUGAUCUGGGGCAACCUGAGACAAUGCUAAAUGUACAUUAUGUUGAGUUGUUGUGCAUCGGUGCGACCUCCUACUUAUUUACGUAGCUUGCCAGUCGACCUGUCUAAUAAGCUAUCUAUUUAUUUCCAAACAACCUCAAGGGAUUUGCGUUCGACGGAGAGUCCAAACCUUUAAGUCUCCUGUAUUUAUAACAUCUGAUCGAUAGUUUUUUUUUUCUUCUUGCGCAAGCUGGACAUGGCAAUGAAUCUGAAGUGGAUGGUCAACUAACACCGACGUCCCUUCGGCUCCAUGUUGCGGUUCUGCCAACCGCUCAUCUGAGAUACACUGCUAUACAAAGGAGCCGUGAUUGGUUUGGGACUCUAAUCCUCUGGAGUCACUGCUUCGGGAUUUAAUCGAAAUAAAGGAUUUGUCAUUUGAUCGAAAAUGGGAUCAGCGACCAAAUUGGCAUUCAGCGUUUUUCUCAUCUCCUGUUCCUCAGGCGCCAUCCUGGGACGCUCCGAGACCCAGGAGUGCGUCCACUACGACUACAAACCGUCGGCGGCCGAAAGCCGGGUCAACCGCAGCGGGGUCGAACCAUGCGCUGGCGAGAAGGACAAGAGGCUACACUGCUUCGCCACCUGGAAGAACGUGACGGGCACGGUGGAGGUGUUCCGUCAGGGCUGCUGGCUGGAUGACGUCAACUGCUACGACAGGAACGAGUGUGUGGAGAAGAAAGACGAUCCAGAGGUGUUUUUCUGCUGCUGUGAAGGCAGUAUGUGCAACAAAAAGUUCUCCUACAACCCAGACACGCACCCCCAAAUACAAACUACUUCCAACCCAGUGACCCAGAAGCCCCCGGUGUUGACCACGCUCAUGUACUCGCUGGUGCCCAUCAUGGGCAUCACGGCCAUCGUGCUCUUCUCCUUCUGGAUGUACCGCCACCACAAGCUGGCCUACCCACCUGUCCUGGUGCCCACCCAGCACGCCUUUCAUAUUAUGAUCGAGGACCCGGGCCCCAUGCCCCCCUCUCCCAUCCUGGGGCAGAAGCCGCUGCAGCUGCUGGAGAUCAAAGCCAGGGGGCGCUUCGGCUGUGUGUGGAAGGCCCAGCUGCUGAACGAGCACGUGGCCGUCAAAAUAUUCCCCAUUCAGGACAAGCAGUCCUGGCAGAACGAGUACGAGAUCUACACACUCAGCGGCAUGAGACACGAGAACCUCCUCCAUUUCCUCGGCGCCGAGAAGAGAGGCACCAACAUGGACAUCGAGCUGUGGCUCAUCACCGCCUACCACGAGAAGGGCUCUCUGACGGACUACCUGAAGGCCAACGUGGUGUCGUGGACCGAGCUGUGUCACAUAGCCCAGACCCUGGCUCGCGGCCUGGCAUACCUUCACGAGGACAUCCCCGGGCUAAAGGACGGACACAAACCCGCCAUAGCCCACAGGGACAUCAAAAGUAAGAACAUCCUGUUGAAGUCCAACCUGAGCGCCUGUGUGGCUGACUUUGGCCUGGCCCUGAGGUUUGAGUCGGGCAAGUCUGUCAGCGACACGCAUGGACAGGUGGGCACCAGGAGGUAUAUGGCCCCCGAGGUGCUGGAAGGGGCCAUCAACAUCCAGCGCGACGCCUUCCUCAGGAUAGACAUGUACGCCCUGGGCCUGGUCCUCUGGGAGCUGGCCGCGCGCUGCAAGGCCGCCGACGGCCCAGUCGACGAGUACAUGCUGCCCUUUGAGGAGGAGGUGGGCCAGCACCCGUCGCUGGAGGACAUGCAGGACGUGGUGGUCCACAAGAAGCUGAGGCCCACGCUCAGGGAGUGCUGGCAGAAACACAGCGGCCUGGCCGCGCUGUGCGAGACCAUCGAGGAGUGCUGGGACCACGAGGGGGAGGCGCGGCUGUCGGCCGGCUGCGUGGAGGAGCGCGUGGUGCAGAUGCAGCGGCAGGCCAGCGUCACGGCGCCCGAGGAGAUCGUCACGGUGGUCACCAUGGUGACCAACGUGGACUACCCGCCCAAAGAGUCUAGCCUAUGACUAGACUGAGAGAAACCCACCCCGGGACCGAUUUUUAAAGUCAAAUCGAAAAAAACUGACGAUCGAUCAUUCAGGACCCCCCCCCACCAGACCCCCCUCCCCUCCCUGGCUGGCCCAUGCGCGACCUCCCCCCCCCCCCCCCCCCCCUCUUCCCCCAACGAGCCAAUGAGCCAAUAUGAGCCGUGGCACCUGGUGUUUCUUGGAUUUCCUUUUUUCGGGUUUUUUCUUUUUAUUCUUCAUUUUUCGAGCCGCGUGCGUCACCGAUUGUACACGGGAGUUGUCAUCGUCGUCGUCACGAUGCACCAAGUGGCGUCAGGGGAGGGGUCUCGCCCUCCCGCCCCCUGGCCGGGGGGAAGGCAGUGGAGGUCCUCUUCCUAAGCGCUUCCUGUUGCGUGGGAGGCUGUCGCGGCCCUGCGGACUAGAUGGCGGGGGGCUACAUGAACACAGAACUCCCCCUUCCACUGAGGUCCCCGCAGACCGGCACGACCCCCUGCUUACGAUGGACAACGCUGUUUAACAGUUGCCACCCCCCCACCCACCCAACCCUUAAGACGGAAAGCUUCUGCAGGAAAAGGUACAAACUCCCAGGCAGAUAUUGGACUGAAUCUUUUUCUAAGAAAAAGGUGGGAAGUGCAUUACGGAAACGAUUAAUUUGAACUCGGUACGACGCAGGUCGAGCAGGGGGACAAAAAAGGGCGACUUGGGUUUUAUGACACAUUUGCUGGUUGUUUUUUUGUCUGUGUGUUUCUAUGAAUGACUAUGUAAUGCCAAUAAGAAAACAGCUUCUGAAUGUCUGUGUACCGCUGCUGUGUAUAUAUAUAAUUAUAUAUAUAGUAUAUAUACAUACACAAACAUGUCAUACGACACUAUAGGUGUAUAUCUAUAUCUAUAUAGAUAUAUCUAUAUCUACAUCUAUCUCGAACAGUGAGACGGGUGUCAAUGAAAAAGUGUGUAAUAAUCGUGGGUAUUUAUCCAGACUUGCGCGUGGGAACCUACCUUCAGUUUGUAGUUAUCCCCCCUUCUCCCCUCAUAUCUCCCCAGGGAGACACCUGUGGGUUCAAUUCAAAGGCAGGCAGUAGUCUUCUCUGGUGAUCCCCUCAAAAACGACCCUGGAAUCUGGCCUCUGCAAAAAGGGCGUUGUCAACGCGAUCUUGGCCACUCUUUUUGUUUGUUUGUUUGUUUUGGGCUGUUCUUUUCCCCUCAUCCUUCGUUCAACCUAUAAAUUCCGUCUCGCACGAUGCUGAGAAAGCCAUCUCCCUUUUCACCGGGAGCCGAGGUGUGUGGCUCUUUUGGACGCCCGAGAGCCGGUCACCGUGACAACUGCCUCCGCCGUAGCUCCUGUAAACAACAACGGCAACAGCAGCAGCAGCGGCUUCGGGUCAGCCAGGUGGCACCACCAGACUACUGUUCAACCAAAGAACCAUGGGGCAGGGGAGGGGGGGCUUUCCUCACCGUCAGACUGGGAGCAGGGGCCGAAGAGACGGCGAAACACCGCCAUCCACCACCUCAAAACAGCAGUACUCAUGAUUUUAAACCUCUCCUCAACCAGGUAUACCUCAGUUUGACAUUCUACGAAAUGAAAUGGUCUCUCCUUUCCUCAGGGGGGUUGGGGAUUGUUAGCGUCGAAGAAAAUUCAGAAAACACCUGUUUGCUAAAACAAGAUUUUGGAAAUGUAUGAGGAGAGGAAUGGAGAAAUGGACAGAUGGGAGUGAGGGACGAAGGGAGAGAGGAGACGUAGUCAAAGUAUGCCAACGACAACACAGAAAUAGCCAUUCACAGACCAGUGUUUAUUUUAUUGUUUUGUUCAAUUUUGUUUUUUUGCCUUUUUCCUAGUUUGUAUAUUUCCUUGUUGACCAUCCCAGCCAGCCGACCUGUUUCAAAUGUGACUCUGGCGGUUGUGGCUGUACCAAAAUUGGAAGCCUCUUUUCAACUCCAUGGAGACGAGAGAAAAAAAAAUCCCUGCAAAUAUGAAAUAUCUUAGAGAAAAGGAAUAAUAAUUGUAGGGUUGUGGUUCCAUUUCACCAUGUAACCAAUGCCUUUUUGAGGUAUUGUUUAUCUUGUUUUGUUCUCUCCUAUUCUUCUCUCAAUGUUGAUGCUAGCUAUAUAUAUAUAUAUAUAUAUAUAUAUAUAUAUAUAUAUAUAAAAAAAGGUGUGACUAUGAUGUCUGUUGUAAAGGAACUCCAGCCCAUGCCCUUAGUUAAUUGUUCCCACAUUUUUAUAAACUGAGCUUUCUUCACCCCAACACCCCGGUACCGGUGCCGUCGCUGCUCGGCUGCGAGCGCUCCCCCGGUCGUCUUUCAAGAUGUCUCAGGAAACAUCCCAUCGUCGUCGUCCCCACCACCCGACUCUUCGCCCGCUCAUUCUUGUGCCGCAUCUGGCUCCCACCGCGGUGUCUGAAGAGCAGCAGAAGUUGUGCAAAUAUGUAUUAAAAGAAAAAGAGAAGAAUGGGGAUUCUCAAUCCAUCCCACCUCUUCCCCCUCUUCCGGUAGGGCAGGUGGUCGAGCCUUGGUGGUUAUGGCUCAGGAUAUGAUUUGCUGCUGGAGUCAGGUACCAGAUACUUUUUUUUUUUUGGUUCGUUCCUUCGUUUCUACCCUUCGCCAACGUUGGCCGCUUGGCGUCCUUGUGACCCAAGGCCAAUGCGUAUUUAGAUCUGUGCUGAUUUAAUGCUAUGGUCAGGAUAAAGAACGCCCUGUCGGCCCCUGUGUCGACGACCAUCACAUCCACACCUCACAUCCACCCCCCCAUCGCAAGAAAGCAGAACCGGGAUGGCCUGGAAAGGAAAACACAGAGACGCACUACUUUAUGGCUGGAUAUCGCUGGCUGCUAGGCAUGUUAGCCGGAACACGUGAGCGGCUCAUUGCUGCGCUCCCCUCACCUCCCCCCCCCCCCCCCCCUCUGACGUUGAAAACCUUGGAGUUAUUCAGGGAUCUGACGCUCAAGUUUCCUCCACUGUAUGCAAUCAAAGGUUGGAGCAAACUAAAUCCUAUACCAACUUUCACGACACUAUCGUUUUUUUGUCUUCUUUCUCUCAUUUGUAUUUUUUCUUUGGGUUUUCUGCAAACUCAUUGACAUGUAGACAUCCUCUGGUUGUACAGAGCAUCAGCUUCAUGGAUACCUGGACAUGAAUCAGCAAAUGUGCCGGGUUCAGUUAUGGCCACCGCAGCACAGAGAAAUCCUCAUUGCUUAAUGUGUGUACGUAUGUUUCUUUGGUUUCUUUUGCUCAUUCAAGAGAUUCACUACAAGUGGCACCCCACGACACAAGAUUUGCUGAAUCUCACAGGGAGCUAGCUUAGCAUUUCUGAACUCCCUGUGACCAGAACUGCUGGGUGCAAUUGUGGGUGAAAAGCCAAUAAGUUUGUAAGAUCCAGGAAAGAGUUGUAUUCUAAUUUUUUCAUUUUCUUUUUUUUUUUGCAACUGCUGCCAUUGUCAUAUAACUCAUGAUAAUAUUGUAUUAUUCCUAGCACGGAUGCAAAAGGUUGACAGUCUGAAGAAAAGGAAAAGUGCUCCGUGUUUCACCUCACGACUCACACAAACUGCUGCCACUCCCCAAACCACUCCCCAAACCUCACCCCCCUUUUCCGCCCAAUCAGUUCUGUGUAGACGCAAAAUCCCACACGGUUUUUCAUGUGACCUGGGAGUGUGACAUGCUUUUUGUGUCACGGCCUUCACAGUACAACAGUUCAACAAAAAGCCAAACCCCGCUCCCUCUUUCUCUCUCCUGACAAUAUUAGUAAAUGACUCGAUGGACAAUGCACAGUAUGUACAUAUGAAUGUUGUGUUAGAUUGUGAAUUUAGCAUGAGGUUCUUUUUUUUAUGGUCUCAAGGCAAAAAAAUCUUUAUAAUGUUAAUAUUAAAGAAUUAUGUUGUUUAUUUUAUAAGUCUAUGGUAUUUUAGAAAAAGGAAAAAAAAUAUAUACAAAUGUUUUUUAUUAAUUUAUGUCCAAGACUCAAAACACUAAUCUUCCUCUAGGGGGAGCCGUGUGGAAAAGGGGUUUCCAUAUUGUUGGCGGUGAUGUUUUGUUGCUCGCCAGAAUGGACUCAUUACUUACCUCAUCUAUCCCUACUGGUGCUCACCAUGCCCGUGGCAUCAUAAGCAGAUGACGGUGCCACAUCAGAAAACAACUUGCGACAUCUGACCACCCGUUCUUAUUUCAUCGUUUUCCUGACACCGCCCUCCACACCCCCCCCCCCCCCCCCCCCCUCUCACACAACACUUUUUUUGAGACACUAAUUAGGACUUCGCUAAACACAGGGAGUUUAUUCAAUCGUCUAUACAUGGCCAUGCCCAUUGUUAGGAAACAUGCCAUCUUGUAUCUCAUUUUUCUUCAUUUUGUUGCAAGUAUUAAACAAACUUGUUUCAGGGCUUGGUUGGAAGUGAUUGUUGAAUAUUGUACAGAAGAAAAUGUAUGCUACCCCCCCAACUCCCUUUCUCCCAAAAUAAAGUAUAGUGACUGCUCUAUA